CAAGAUUUUUUUAUUCUUUGCAGGAAUCUAAUCCUUUAUCCCUGCCGACAACAGAUACUUCAGAUGAUUUAUCCAGUGAGAAUUUCAUAGGUCGUCUUGAUAGGAUUGCCCAAAAGGAAAGACUCUCUGUAAAUUAUGAACAAAGAAGUGAAUUGAGCCCCGGUGGGGCCGGAAGUUUUUUUUGUAAAUGCAAAAUUGGACAGAAAGAAUAUCCUGGUGCUGUAGGUUCUACUAAACAGAAGGCAAAACAGUUGGCUGCUAAACUUGCAUAUGAAAAGAUACAAUUAGAAAAAAGCUCAACGAAAGGUGAUUCGGGAUCCGCUGACGCUCCCCUGGCUGGGUCCAGUGACUGUGGGAGCAGCUUCUCGAUGGCACCCAAUUCUGAAUCAUCCUCUGAAAGUGGCUUUUCAGGAAAUGGAUCAGAGAGAAAUUAUAACAGUGACAGAGUUAGUAAUGCUCUUUCAUCUUCUGUGAGUAGUCUCAGAAAAGGUUUGAAGAACGUGAAAAUAAAUUUGGCGCCUAAGUUUGACUCUCCUGUAAAUGAGCAUACUGUGGAUGAGAGGUUUAUCAAGGAUUUUGAAGAAAUAGCACCAAUUGGCUCUGGUGCAUAUGGCAGUGUUUUCAAAGCAAAACACAGAAUUGAUGGGACAACUUACGUUAUUAAACGUGUUAAAUACAAUAACGAAUCAUUGACGAAGUGCCUUUUCAUCCAAAUGGAAUUCUGUGAUAAAGGGACAUUAGAAGACUGGAUUGAGAGCAGAAGAAGGGAGAUUCCAAACAAAGAUUUGUCUUUGGGAACAUUUAAGCAAAUAGUAACAGGAGUGGAUUAUAUACAUUCACAAGGGUUAAUUCAUAGAGACCUUAAGCCAAGUAACAUAUUUUUAGUCCACAGGCCGACACUCUAG